CUUUACGAAUGACAACAACAUGGCCGCUGUUCAGGCUCUCAGUAUCGUCCUUCUGAUUUGCAUUUUCGUGAAGUUGUCGACAUCUAAAGCCCAGGAUUCGUCCAACUCCAGUUCAAGACCCAGCGCAAUAGACACAACAAACCGGGCUGUUUCCCCACCACCGUUUAAUUUGUAUAACCUCUACAGGAGACCAGAAGGUCACGUCAGCUCACGAGAAGUGACUUCAAAGGCGACACAACCAGGCAGUCAAUCACCGGACAAUCAAUCAUCCACUGCUCAGAUCAGUCAACAAAAUACUGGAACCCAGUCUCCAGGCAAUGAGGAUGUUCAACUGGGCACAUUAGGGCAGUUCGCACAGAUACCAAACAGUCAACAGCCUCUGUUUGGAUCAGGGGCAAGACAGCUACAGAACGGCUUCAACUUUGGGACUCAACCUGGGCAGUUUAACUUCGGUUUCAGUUCUCCAGGAUAUCUGCAGAACAUAAACCCACAACAAGCCGACACGCCAAACCAAGGAACAAAUUCAUUUCAACAAAACUUCCCACCCUUUAACUUCAGAACAGCUGAUCAGUUAACAAAUCAAUUUAAUGUAGGUCAGAAUGGAAAUUCUUUGCCAAUUUCCGCAACACAACAAAACACUGGACUUUUCAGCGGUGCUGUGGGCGGUGCAUUACCUCAAGAAGAUGGAGGCUUUGGCCAACUUAACGGCUUCCAGUUCCCCGCUCAUAAUUUCGGACAAGGUUUUUCACAGCAAUUUCCAUCCCCAAACUUUGCUUCUGGGGGGAUCUACAAUAACACGGCUUUCGCGCCUUCCGAAGGAGAUCACAGGUCUGUAGUAGGAUUCUACGGCGAAGCGCCUAACAUAGGAGCUUUUUCCUUUAACGGCGCACCUCUCCAAGCACAGCAACAGAAUUCGUUCAGUAGCCCCGGUGGAUUUCUUGGACCGAAUUUCGAACAAUAUCCGAAUGGCGAGUCUCAGCUGGACAGUGGGACUUCUAUAGGAAAUGGAGGAGAUCAGGCAGGAAACGUUUUUCCUCGGUUUACCUUCCAGAACAGAGGCGGAGCUCAAGAGGCAAGUUUCAGCAACACCGCCAACGACCAGAACAAUUCACCAACCGUCAGGCGGCCUAGCCAGCUACCAAGGCGCAAUAAUUAGUUCCAAAAUCACUAUAAAUAUUAUUCGUCUGAUAAAUUACCUUCCAUACCCUGACAACAUACAGAUAAAGCCUGUAUGGAUAUGCUUACGUGUAUUCUAUUGCAAUGCUUAAACGCAAAUAGGUACAUAUUAGAAAUCUAAUGCAUUUUCUAUUUAAUAAUAUCAUAUCCUCAUUCGUAUUUUGUAUACACUUUCAAAUCUUAUGGAUGUUGGAACACGUACAAGAAUCAUUUUGUUACAUAAACAUCCGAGAAAAAUCCUACUUCGUUUUCUCACGACCAACUUGAAAUAUUUCAUCCAGUGGCCUAAUUCGUCAGCAUUAUAAAUUCCAUAGGAGAGUCCAUAUUAUAAUAGAUAUUUUAAUGUUAUAUCUCCCUCAUCGUCCAUCAUUCAGAAAUCUCUGCGGUAUACAUUUUCUUAUAUUUAUUCAAGAUGUUUACACUAUGUCUAUAAACGCUUCACUGUAUUAUUUACGUAAUUGUGGCAUAAAUAAUUUAAGAUAAACAUAUUUCAAGCAGUA